AUGGAGGCAAAGGAUAACAGAUAUUUAAAAGAAAAAGAUAAAGAUGGAAACACAGCAUUACAUAUUGCUGCAAAAAGCGACAAUUUGGGCAUAUUUGACAUGCUACUAAAGAAUUGUCCUGAUCAAGUUGAUGACAGAAACAACAAGCAAAGAACACCUUUACAUAUAGCAGCACAGCACGACAAACUGGAGAUUGCAAAAAAGCUUAUAAAAAGCAACGCUUCAGUAAGGAUUCGAGACAAGAACGAAUUUAGUCCUCUUUUAGCGACAGUUAGAUACGACAGUUUGAACGUAUUUGAGCUUCUUUUAGAAAAAACUAGAGACUAUCAUUGUGUUGAGUAUCGAGAUAUAUGUGAGAAUAUAUUUGAGGAAGUUGAAACAGAUAACAGAGACAACCCUCCUCUGACACUCCUUCAGAUAGCUACAAAAUACAACAGUUGUAAAGUUGCUGCAAAAUUAAUAUCUAUAGGUGCCUCAGUGUAUGCUCUUGAUAGAGAUGGACACAAUCUUGUUUAUUUAGCCGCUGCGAACGGAAGUGCUCGUGUUUUAAAAGUAAGUUGA